UUUCUUCACAGUUUUCCGGCGCUGACUGUCAGUUCGUUUAGUCCUGUAGAGUCGACACUGAAGAACAGAUUCUAACAGUUAUCUGUCACCAUCUAUCUCCCGCUCUUCAUUAUGGCUCCAGCAGCCCUCCUCCACCUCCUCAGCCUCCUGGGCUCCGUCGACUCGCUGCCUCCUCCACGGACCUCCUUCCUCCUCAACUCUACAGACAGACCUCUGGUCUACUUCAGCCUCCCUGAUGUCCACAACACCACCACGCUGUUGUUAAGCCCCGACGCCUCCACCCUGUAUGUGGGAGCACGAGACAUCGUCCUCUCACUGGACGUCAGUCAGAGUGAUGUCAUCAGCCUCAAGAAGAAGGUGGAGUGGCGUCCCUCCGAUGCAGAGAUACAUGACUGUCAAAACAAAGGGAAGAACCCAACGGUCGACUGUCCGAACUUUGUCCGUGUGUUGCAGCCGAUCAACUCCACCCACCUCUACGCCUGCGGCAGGUACGGCUUCGGGACAUUGUAA